AUGGCCCUGGCGUUGCAGAUCAAAGCCGCUGGCGGAGUGGACUUUAGCAUCGAGGUUGAAGCCUCGGCCACAGUACAAGAUGUCAAGAUCGCAGCCACAUCCGGCUGCGAUAUGGAUCCGGAGGUCAUGAAGGUCAUUUUCAAGGGCAAGGUCCUAAAGGACGAGGAUGCUUUAGCAAGCUACGAUAUCCAAACAGGUGGCAUUCUGCACAUUGCCAAAGGCAUGAGUAAACCUGUCACCCAACGGGCGCAAUGCGAGAACCAAAGCUCUGGAUAUGCAGGAGGCCAAGAACCUGACAGUGGAAAGCAGACCAUAGAGAUCCACUUUAAAGGCCCUAGCAGUGUGGAGGUUCGCUCAGAGUUCCGCGAAACGGACACUGUGGAACAGCUUCGUCAAUUUGCCAGCUCCGAGUUCCAAAUGAAUCCUGACGAACUACACCUGCUGCACAAAGGCAAGAUUCUCAAAGACGGUGACUCUGUGGGCACCUCUGGCCUGGCUGCCGGCUCGGUACUGAGAGUUGCGCGACGGCACACCGAGAAAGACGCAACGGAUGUAACCAACACCACCGUGCAAAUGAAUUCCGUUAUAGAGGAAUCUGGUGCGCCAAUGCCUAUGGCAUGGGACAGUGCGAGCAAUGGGCAGGGCGAGUUGGAGCAAAUUCGGACCAUGGCCCGGACCUUGGGUUUACCGAUGGGGCCACUGGAGCAGGUCUUGCGCGAAGUACCCCCGCAACAAGCGAUGGCAGCGGCAAUGCAGGAGAUGGCGCGCUUGCGACGUGCGCCACCUGUUGGUGAGACUGCUGCUGCGAUGCAAGCUAGGUGGGAUCGCGAGGCGGCUGACAUGGCACGACAGGUGCGAGCCUACCUGUCACGGGAGGAGGAGGGAGGGCAGGAAGAGAACGGAGAUGAAGAGCUGUUGGCCGACAUUUCCCGAACCCUAGCAGAGGCGAGGGCGCGCGGAGCUCCUGUGCCAAAUGCUGCAGUUUUCGUGGACCGUGCAGUGGCUAGAAGACGCCAAGCACGGGAGCUGCAUGCGCGCAUGGCGCGUGAGGCCAGUGGGUUGGACCCGGAAAUCGAGGACGCUUUUGCUGCGGCAGAGCAGUCCCUUGCUGCUGCGGCGAGGGCGCCACGCCGUCUCGGAGACCACUGA